CUAGACUACUGUGGAAAGAGGACUGCAGUAAGUGUAAAAGAGAUUCAAGAGUGGUUGCCAUUUUGUAUUCUUUCUGCAUCUGAUUGAUUCCUGCUGAUGACCUCCCUGCAGUGUAUACUUGAAGGGCGUCUAGAGGAAAACCCGGGCACUGGGCUAUUAAAUGUGAAGGAAGAGGAUGAGACAGAUGACAUGAAUAGUCAUCAGACUGAAAUACAUUGCUCCCUCCCUGCCGAUGAAGAUAACGCUGAUAUAGUGAAAGCUCAAGAUCUGUGUGUGAGGCAUCAGCUGGAAGCACCAGAUAAGGAAACCAGUGACAGCAUCAGCCCAGGCCGUAUGGAUGUGACGCCUUCAGAUGGCUCAGUAGUUGAGCACAGAGGAGAACCGUAUGUGUGUGAUCACGUGAAGACUGAGCACAAUGAAGUUCCUAUAAAUACGGCUACAGGUGAAAAUACAGAUACUUGUUUCAGUCUUCAAAAUCAAAGCAGCAACGUGGGGAAUUCUUUUACCAGGAAAUCAAAUCUUUUAAGGCAUCAGAAAAAUCAUACAGGAGAGAAAGUAUUUUCAUGUUCUGAAUGUGGAAAAUGGUUUGUCCGAAAAACACAUCUUAUUAGACAUCUGAAAAUUCAUACAGGAGAGAGAGCAUUUUCAUGUUCUGAAUGUGGGAAGUGUUUUAUUGAGAAAUCAACUCUUAUUAACCAUCAGAAAAUUCAUACAGGAGAGAAAGCAUUGUCAUGUUCUGAAUGUGGGAAGUGUUUUACUCAGCAAACAACUCUUAUUCGACAUCAGAAAAUUCAUACAGGAGAGAAAGCAUUUUCAUGUUCUGAAUGUGGGAAAUGGUUUGCUCGAAAAACACAUCUUAUUAGACAUCAGAAAAUUCAUACAGGAGAGAAAGCAUUGUCAUGUUCUGAAUGUGGGAAGUGUUUUACUCAGGAAACACAUCUUAUUAGACAUCAGAAAAUUCAUACAGGAGAGAAAGCAUUGUCAUGUUCUGAAUGUGGGAAGUGUUUUACUCAGGAAACAACUCUUAUGAGACAUCAAAAAAUUCAUACAGGAGAGAAAGCAUUUUUAUGUUCUGAAUGUGGGAAAGGGUUUGCUCUGAAAACGCAUCUUAUUGUCCAUCAGAAAAUUCAUACAGGAGAGAAAGCAUUUUCAUGUUCUGAAUGUGGGAAUUGUUUUACUCAGGAAACAACUCUUAUGAGACAUCAGAAAAUUCAUACAGGAGAGAAAGCAUUUUCAUGUUCUGAAUGUGGGAAGUGUUUCACUCAGGCAGCCACUCUUAUUAGCCAUCAGAAAAUUCAUACAGGAGAGAAAGCAUUUUCAUGUACUGAAUGUGGGAAGUGUUUUACUCAGAAGCCUCAUCUUGUUGUCCAUCAGAAAACUCAUACAGGAGCAAAAGGAUUUUCAUGUUCUGAAUGUGGGAAGUGUUUCACUCAGGCAGCAACUCUUACUAGACAUCAGAAAAUUCAUACAGGAGAGAAAGCAUUUUCGUGUUCUGAAUGUGGGAAAUUGUUUGCUCAAAAAACACAUCUUAUUAGACAUCACAAAAUUCAUACAGGAGAGAAAGCAUUUUCAUGUUCUGAAUGUGGGAAGUGUUUUACUGAGAAAACAACUCUUAUUAGACAUCAGAACAUUCAUCAAGGAGAGAAAGCAUUUUCAUGUUCUUAAUGUUUCACUGAUCAAUCAAGUCUCAAUAGACAUCAGAAAAUUCAUACAGGAGAGAAAGCAUUUUCAUGUUCUAAAUGUGGGAACUGUUUUGUUCUGAAAUCAAGUCUAAUUGGCAGUCUUACCUUAUUGUUCAUCAAAAAAAAUCAUACAGGAGAGAAAAAGCAUUUUCAUGUUCUUUAUGUGGCAAGUGUUUUACUGACAAAUCAAGUUUUGUAGACAUCAGAAAAUUCAUACAGGAAACAAAGCAUUUUCAUGAUCGAAAUGUAGAAAAUGUUUUGCCAGCAAAGGAAUUUUUAUUACUCAUCAAAAAAAUUCAUACAGGAGAGAAUUUGUGCUAAUAUUAGAAUAGUGGUCUGUUAGAGAUUUUGUGAAAAUUAUUCUUCUGUGUUCUGAAUGUGGGAAAUGUUUUGCUCAGUAGUUACAACUCAUUGGGCAUCAGAAAAUUAAAAUAGGAGUGAAAGCAGACCCCUAUUUUAACAUCAAAAGUGCAUGAGCCUUCCAAAAGCCCAUGUCUGGUUUAGGAUAGCCCCCCCCCCCCCCUUCAAUGCAUAAUAUGUAAUGUGCUGAAUGAUAACAAAAACAUUUUUUUCUUUUGAUUUCCAAUUGCUAAUUUUUAUUAAAAAAUUACAAAAUA